AUGUUACGCUCGCCCGUCUCCCCGGAGCGAGUCUCCAGAUCGCCCGCUCCUCCUUCUCUCCCUCCUCCUCGUCAAUCCUUCGAUGACGAAUUGGUUCGUCCCGGCUCCUCUGGCAGUGAUGCCUCGUCCAUCACCUCCAGUGUGACCGUCUCCGCUAUCCCUGCGCCUCUGACUCUGCAUCAUCCUUCCGGAGCCUCGUCUCCCCGGCCCCCUCGCACCUCGUCGAUCCCCAAUAGCGCCAGCGCCAGCACCACCAACCUCGCUCGUCCCUCAGCCUCCUCCUUCAUGCCGCAGAAUGAACCGACCAGCAGGAAGUCCUCCAGUCGGGCUCUCCCGCCAGAACUCCCGCGUCAUCGCUCCCGCCAUCACUCCCAGGGCUUCUUUGAACCCUCCCUCCCAACCGCAUCCACCCACGAAUCUACCCUGUCCGCGUCCAGGAUCGCUGCUCAGGCUGCCAUGUCGCAGCAACAUAUGGCCGCUGCCCAACAACAACAACAUCCUCCGAAACGCCCGCCGCAUGUAGUCUUUCCCCAUACUGAUGACCCCUCCAUGAGGCAUCGAAGAACAGCGAGCCUGUCGCCUCCCCCGGCUCCUGUGCCUCUCUCGCAAUCGCUGGCGCCCCCUGGGUCCGGUGGGUUGUCCGGACACUCGUAUCAGAACGGACCGCCGCCACAACAGCCGCAUCCCCAGUCGCAACAUCACCCACAGUCACCGCAGCAAUCACCGCAGCAGCAACAGCAACCGGGAGGACAUCAGCACGUGGCGACGACGGCGGCUAAUCUGGUAUUCCCACGACAACCUACCCUGCAACCGCCCGGAUUGGAACCAACCGACAAGGAGCACAAGCACAAGGGCGAGAAGGAGAAGUCCAAGAAGAAGCUGUUCUCGAAGCCGAAACACAUCGGCAUCAGCAGCCGAGACAAGGACGGGUUCAUGAAAGACCGAGGCCUCCCGUCGCCUAGCAAAAUGGGGCUCCCCAGCGCCAGCGGACUCUCUCGCAUCGUCAGUGCCUCGACGACCAGCCUGGUGGAGACGUUCCCGUCGAACAACUCGUCCAUGUAUAAUCUGUCCAACGCGUCGGCGAGCACGGUGGUGCCGGCGGAUAAAGCAACGGGCGGCGAGAAGGACAAGGAUAAAGACAAGGAGAAGGAGAAAGACAAACAUAAGCAUCACUUCCUGUCGCGGCAGAAGUUGAAACUGAAGGAUCGCGGCGAUGAUCAUAAAAAUCUGCCGCUCUCGUCCGCGUCGAGUAACUCCAAACCGUCGGAUCCGAAUGCCCCCCAGUCGCUGUAUUCGUUCACUCCGAUUUCCCCCAAUGCGGCGACGACGACAUUUGGCAAGUCUGUCAGCGGGUUGGAUCUGCUACACGGCGGCCGAGCGCUUCGGGAGAAGAAGAAGGAAGAGAAGGCCAUGGCGGAGUCGGAGCAACAGGAAUGGCUGGCCAAUUCGACAGCCUCGGGCACUACGCAGACCACGUUUGUCGGGCCUUCGUCUCUGGGAAGCUCGACGACGGGGAUGCUCGCAGAGGCUGCCUUGCGGGAGACCCUGCAGGGAUUUGGGUUGAAUAACAUGUCGCCCGAAGAUGCGUGGGACUUCCUGAAGGCGAAGCUUUUGGUGAUCUUUGACGGGGAGGACGUGCGCAUCGCCAUUGAGGACCUGAACAAGCUGGUGAUGAUACAUAUCCAGCGGUGCGUACAGAAGCGUACACCCAUGGCGAUAGUCGACGACCUUCGAGAGUUGCUGGAAACGGGGUUCGCUUCUCUGAACCACACGCUGAACGGAGUCCCCGACGAGAAAAUGGUUCCUCAUCUGGUGCAGAUCUGGAUGCUAGUGUUCGGCACAAUCCUUCCGUUCAUCCAGGCAGUUUUCCUCCCGCUAGACCUCGAAUUCAAGGGCCACGGGACCGUGAUGAACCCGCGCGAAGCCAGCGAGUUCUGGGCCGGUGCCAUGAACGGGGACUAUCCCGGCUGUGAGCUGGAAGUGCGCAACCUGGUUCUGAUCGCAUUCCGCGACAUGGUUGUCCUCUUCCGCUACGACGGCCUCAAGGCGACCUUCUCGCGUCUGAGCCUGGACAACAUCAACCUCGGCAACGCCGCCCUCAGCGUCACCACCAAGAGCAGCGCCAACAGCGGCCGGCCGGCCACGUCCGCCUCCCUCGACGCUGGGUUCGGUGGCAGCUACAGCUCACAAUCCUCGCAUCUCAACGCGGCCGCGACGGCUGGCAGCUACUCAUCCGACUCGAUGAGCUGCAACCGCAGUCGCGCCGCCUCCAACACCUCGUCCAACCCCGACCAGCUCAUCUUCCAAUCCUUCUCCUCCCCGACCCAGCGACCCACCAUCAUCCACCGCGGCGCCGACACCUCGCAGGUCAUCACCGAGACCGUCGGCCGCAUGCUCCAGUGCGUCAGCGUCCUCAGCAGCGUGCAGACCGGUGACCACGCCCAGGAGAAAGUCGAGGUCCUCAGCAAGGCGCUGAAGCAUAACUGGCUAGGUCGCGGCCGCACGGGACGCGAUCGGCGUGGUUUCGUGGGCGCUAAGAUCCGGCCUGCCAUGGUGCCCCGGUCUAAUAGUGACAUGUCUUCGAGGGGCACGGGGGAUUCGGAUGGAAGGAGGGAGAUGAGUGUUUUGUGA